AUCGGAAAUUUACUGAAGAUAAUGCAAAACAAGAGCUAAUAAAAUAAAGUUGAAAGAAGAAAGACAGAGAUGGCGAUGGCCAGAAGGUUGUUGACUAGAAAGAGAGUGGUGGCUUAUUUACCAAAUCUAAACACUGCUCUAAAGCAUGUACGAUCCUUCUGUGUCGGAAAUGGCAGCGACAAAUGGGGCAAAGAGGAAUUUAAUCCAGAGGAAGUUGUUCAAGACUUAGGACCAUUUGGACCUCAAAAUAAAAGAUUUCCGCUUCCAGGAUCUAUUGGACCAAAAUUUGAAAAGCCACCAACACUUGCUGUGAGAAAGAGUCCAGAAGACAUGGACAUUGUUCAACCUUUACUAGAAAACCAGCCUGAAUAUCGUCAUUGUAAUGUGUUAGAACAAGCAGUCAUGUUUCAGGAGGAAGAUGGAUUCAUGUCUGAAGAUUCGGAAAUUCUGCGUCAAUCAGAUCGUCUAGAAUAUGUCGCACAAGACUGUCCAUACCUCAUGAGAAUAGAUUUUAAAGACCUUUUUCCCGGCCGAGACAUCAUGAAUGGUACUUUGACGCUUGUUACAAUCAGCCAGAAGACAGACAAUGAUAUGACUAGCUGGAAUACGGAUGUGGAGGAAGAGAGAGAGGCACUUUUGGCAGCUUUUGUACAGGGUGCAAAGGAGAUUUGUGAAGCUCUAGAGAGUGGAAAUUACUGGGCAGAUUUCAUUGAUCCAUCUUGUGGAAAACCAUUCUAUGGACCCCAUACAAAUGCCACAAUGUUUGAAACUGACGAAGUAUAUCGUAAACUAGGAUUUGAAAUAGAAGAUUUAGGGUGCUGUAAAGUGAUACGUCACCAUAUCUGGGGUACGAAAUGCUAUGUGGGAUGUUUGUUUACCAAUGCACCUCUCACACACCCAAUCAUUGAAAUGAUGAUAGACUCAUAACAGUGACAACUGCUGUGCCAUGUCUUUCAUGUGUGUUUUAACUAAAUACAGUAAGGCAGCUUGUUAACAUUCUAUCAACUCACUGAGACAGUUUGUUCAGUGACCUGAUAGAUAUUAACAAGGAAUUAUCUCUUGAGAGAUAUUAGAGAAUCAGAAAUCUUUUGGGAAAUUAAGCUGUUUAUCAUUGUGAUGGUAUUAUGAUUUGUUGAGUUCUUCAUUUGUUUUCAUAGCUCUGUUUUAUGAGACUUCAAUCUUGGAAAAAUGCAAAGCAGUUUUUCCAAUUUUUGAGAAUUACAUAUCUGGUAAGAUCCAGGUUGUGAGUCUUUAAUUUUAACUGCACAUUAUUUAGAAUCAAAGGUCAUCAUAUUUGAUCCACACAAAUCAUCUGAAAGGACUUACAAGAUAUGGAAAUUGAAAAGAACAGGAUUUUGUAUUAACUAACGAAGUUAUGUUAUGAUGGUCGCUGUUAAGAGUUCUUACUGCCUUGUCUCAGAAUGUUUGAGUGAAGAAUGAUACAGAUGUUUGUAGAUAUGAUUGCUGUUUAAGUAUAUUGGUGGAUUGAAAUAUUAAUUCAUGAAUGUUAAGAGUGUCAAAUAAAAAAACAAAAAUA